CGGGGCGAGUUGUUGAAGUGACGUCACUGUCCUCACUUCUUACUCCGGCCACUAUGGAAACCUGUUAAAUGGACUCAGUUUAGGGAAACGCCGGUCUUUCACAUUAAUUGGGUGAUGUGUUAGUCUUGUGGGCUGGCAGUAGGUACGGCAAUAUCCUGAUACAACAAAGGAGUCACAAGACUUCUCGGCUUUACUAUCCAGUACGACUCGAGAUCUGCGUCUUCACGGAUAGAGCGCCGCGGCCUGCAUCCUGGAGUCAACCUCGGGCUGGAGUAGUUUCUGUAUGCCGGCAGCGGAAGUUCAUAGUUGGGUAAACUGGAGUAAUAUCAGAUGAAGAAUCUCGUUGAUGAUGCAUGACCCUGCAUUUGGCGCUUUACCAUCCUUUGUUUCAUGGUUGUCUAAAUGCAACACGAUGGCUGGCAUACCCUUAUGGAUUGUCAAGACACACUUCUUUAAACUGUCUAAAUGAUUAUUCUGGCCUGGGUUGUGUUCCAUGCAAGCAGGAGCCUGGGCCGAGGUUUGCUGCUUACUCUAGAGCUGCACCUUUUUCGUUUGUGGGAAAGCUCUAUACCCAAAAAGAUGGGGAACAGCUGUGUCUGCCGAGAAGACAGUGAUGUUGAAGACAGUAAUGCUUCAAGUCAAAUGCGACAUAUGGAAAACUCACUAGAGCAGGAGGCAAGAAGUAGACCAAGGGACCCUGUAAGACCACCAAGACGCGGACGAGGACCACAUGAACCACGACGGAAAAAACAAAAUGUUGAUGGGCUGGUUUUAGACACUUUAGCAGUGAUCAGGACACUAGUUGACAAUGACCAGGAGCCACCUUAUUCCAUGAUCACGCUACAUGAAAUGGCAGAAACAGAUGAUGGCUGGUUGGAAGUAGUCCAGUCUUUAAUUCGUGUUAUUCCAUUAGAAGAUCCUCUGGGGCCAGCUGUUAUUACACUUUUACUUGAUGAGUGCCCACUGCCUACCAAAGAUGCUCUGCAAAAACUUUCAGAAAUGCUUAAUUUAAGUGCAGCUGUUGCACGCCAGGAUGCUUCAAAUCCUGCAAAACACCGUAAUACCACUGCUGUCCUAGGAUGCUUAGCUGAAAAGCUGGCAGGACCUGCUAGCAUUGGACUUUUAAGUUUGGGUACAUUGGAAUAUUUAUUAGAAAGCUUGAAUUCGGCUUCACAUCCCACGGUGAUGCUUUUUGCUCUCAUUGCUCUGGAAAAGUUUGCACAGACAAGUGAGAACAAACUGACUGUCUCAGAGUCCUGCCUUAGUGAUAGGCUAGUGAUGCUGGAGACAUGGGCCAACCACUCUGACUAUCUUAAACGACAAGUGGGAUUCUGUGCUCAGUGGAGUUUGGAUAAUCUGUUUCUGAAAGAAGGGAGACAGUUUACAUAUGAAAAAGUCAACCUUAACAACAUCAAUGCCAUGUUGAACAGCAAUGAUGUCAGCGAGUAUCUCAAAAUAUCACCAAAUGGUCUUGAGGCUCGUUGUGACGCUUCUUCAUUUGAAAGUGUUCGAUGUACAUUUUGUGUGGAUUCUGGUGUAUGGUAUUAUGAAGUGACAGUCAUUACAUCUGGCGUCAUGCAGAUUGGUUGGGCAACCAAAGACAGCAAAUUUCUUAACCAUGAGGGGUAUGGGAUUGGGGAUGAUGAGUUCUCCUGUGCUUAUGAUGGCUGCCGGCAGCUAAUUUGGUACAAUGCCAGAAGUAAACCACACACUCACCCUUGUUGGAAAGAAGGUGAUACAAUAGGAUUUCUUUUGGACUUAAAUAAAAAGCAGAUGAUAUUCUACUUAAAUGGUAACCAGCUUCCUCCAGAGAAGCAAGUAUUUUCGUCAGCUACAUCUGGCUUUUUUGCUGCUGCAAGUUUUAUGUCUUAUCAGCAGUGCGAGUUUAACUUUGGAUCAAAACCUUUCAGAUAUCAGCCUCAAAUAAAAUUUAGCACCUUCAAUGAUUUUGCUUCACUUGCUUCUGAUGAAAAGAUCAUAUUACCAAGACACAGAAGACUGGCUCUGCUGAAACAAGUGAGCAUUCGGGACAACUGCUGUACUUUGUGCUGUGAUCAGAUGGCUGACACACAGCUCAAGCCAUGUGGCCACAGUGGGAUGUGCAUGGAGUGUGCCUUACUGCUGGAAACAUGUCCUCUGUGUCGUCAGGAUAUAAAGACUAGAGUCAGAUUGAUUUCACACGUGUCCUGACACCUAGACUGCCAAAUUUUAUUCAUUUGCCAGCAGCCUUCAAUGAGGAGAGAAUUCUGUGUGAAUUUGAUAGUCAACACACAAAGUGUGUUUCACAUUAUUGCACCUUUGGCCUACCUGCAAACUUACAAUAUCAAAACAGAAAUUGCAAUCUUGCAUAAAGUGGUGGCGUUGAGAAAAAUGUACAGAAAAGGAACAUAAGGAAAUCGAUUGGGAGGUGCCUUCCAGUGUUCUGUUUCAGGCCCACAUUAAUGAAUGCGCAGGUUGGGAAAUGAAAAAACAUAUUUUCAUGACUGGCUCAUAGAGUGCAAGGGAGAAGAAUUUUCUUUUGGUCAAAUUACCAAUGCAACAUUUUGGUCAUUUUAAAAUAAAAAUGUAUUCAGUUUGGAAACAUUGAACUUUUUUUUUUUUUCUUCUUUAAUUUCAAAUUUGCACUAAUGCAAGUAUUUUUGAGGAAGCAUUAUCAAUUGAACACAUUCCUUCAAGGAUCUUUUUAAACUGUUCAUUAACUGUUAGCAGUUACACAAACCAUGUUGAUUCUUGAAAGUAUUAUAUACUAGGGCUUUUGGGGUAAUAACAUGCAAAAUACAAAACUGAAAAAAUGUGGAUUGCAUUAAGAGAUGCAGAAAAUGUUGACUGGUUUCAGGAAUUCCAAAGAGUUUUUUUUCCAUCUUAAGGCACAGAAAAUGUUAGCAAACUUUCUUUGACUGCUUUGCAGUAUGUGUAUUACAAUGUUACUGUCCUGCUUUUUUUUUUUUUUUUUUUAAACCACAUUUUGUGAAUAAGAAAAUUUAAUUUAUUUAUUUAAAACAUGUUCUUACUCCAAAUGCUGCCCUUGAAAUUGACUAUAAUUUAUGUUCGAUUCAUUUAUGUGUAAUAUACAUGUUUGUAUACAUGUGUGUGUAAGCAAAAUUUACUGAUACACAUAUACAUGCAAAUAUAAAUAAAAGGGGCCAUGGGCAUUUUUUGUGGUUGUUUAAAACCAGCAAAAAUGUUGUGAUAUUCACGAUGAAAAUGGAAUAAUGUAUAAAUAUUGUUUUCAAAAAUAAAUGCAAUUUGAAUAUCUU